UUUCCCAGCAAGCACCGGGGCUCAUGGGGAGAGGAACGCCAUUUUCAAGGAGCUGUAUCGGAACUGGCUUGCCCCAUCAACUUUGUCGCCGUGUGAUGUGUCCGCGGAGCUCCUCGUAAAUUCUCAUGCUCGCCUUUGUUUGCGAGCGGCGUGAGCGUCGCGAAAAUCCAAUCAUCCAAGUGAUGCUCGUGACGUGAUCUCUGCCGUGGGUCGGUACGUCAGGCAUAGCCCACCGUCCACCAUUAGGCACCGUCCUGCGGAAACGUCUCUUCGGCUGCGUCGCGGAUUCCAGCCUUGUGCUCGACUCUCGCAGCAAUGAGCAGCCGGAUUCCGUCUGACAAGGUGAACCUGCGGCUGAUCUUGGUCAGCGGCAAGACCAAGGAGUUCGCCUUCAGCCCGAAUGACUCGGCUGCAGAGAUUGCCCAGCACGUGUUCGACAACUGGCCUCAAGAGUGGUCUGACGAGGCCGUGUCCAAGGCAGAGAUCCUGCGCCUAAUCUAUCAGGGGCGCUUUCUACACGGCAAUGUGACUUUGGGCGCGCUGCAGCUUCCCCUGGGCAAGACCACUGUGAUGCACCUCGUGCCCCGGGAGAACCUGCCCGAGCCCAACUCUCAAGACCAACGCCAGAAGAGCAAAGAACGAAGCAGCGGCUGCUGUAGCGCCAGCUGCUCCAUACUGUGAACUUCCCCGGACCGUCGUCGGCCCUGUACAUAGCCUGAACAAAGAAUAAAAAGCGGACGCUGUGUGCGGCGACUACCGUGCGUGUGUGUGCGCGUGCGCUGAACGACACGCAUAUGUCCCCCCACCCGAGUGAAACCAAUGGAAAUGCGUGGGCGCAGUAAUGAAUCCCCCAACUUGGUAGGCCGUUCCUCCCAAGGUGCACCACCAGGCUAGUCUGUUCCACCAUGUUCGUUUCAAACGGGAAGCAGCUAGCACAGCAACUGACUGCAGCGAAGAGGUGAAGCAGCCAUGGACUGUUCUCGUGGUGUUCGUCUGGCGUCUGUUCCAGUUUCUCGGGCUGCUGUGGUGUUUACCCACUUGUCAUCAGGGCCAGAACCAACAGCGUCUUCGAGCACAGCCGGUGCAGAAGCUAUGUUUGUUUAAAGCGCAGAGCGGACCUUGCUUUUCUUUUUUUCGAUCAAUGCUGGUGGUCUGUCCGUGCCCGUCACAAAUUCACUCAGUGUCGCACAUGGGUGUCAUAGCCUUGGUGGUGCUCUGAAAGUAAAGUCUGGACACACCCUGGAAA